GAGGACAAACACCCCAAGAGCAAUUGAGAGUGAUAUUCUGAAGAGGAGCUGUGGCCUAGAGAGGAACGUCCUGGGAGAAAGCUAUUUUGAAACCAGAACUUGGAGCAGCAGGCACUAGCUGAUAUGCAAAGAAGCUUGAUACACAUCUCUUGAGCCUCCCUUGAAGCUACAGUGAAGGUGAAGAAAGCUUCAUCCAGUGUUGAGAUGCAGUAGUUGCAGAGGUUCUAGCAGAAUCAUCCACUAUCCUGCAUAGGAUAUUUCGGAUGCCAAGAAUAGAAUGGUGAAGACACAUUUCCUGCCCUCAAGAAGCUUACAGUCUAAGGUGGAAGACAAACAAAGAGAGGAUUGAAGUGUGUAUGUCUUUUGUGUGAUUCUUCAAACUUUACCUGUCAAACAGAAGGAGCAUGUUGGGCUUCUGUCAUGCUAACCAAUGGAAAAGAACAGGUGGUCAAGUCUUGUGUCUCUCUCCCGGAAUUAAAUGCCCAAGUCUUCUGCCACAGUUCCAACAAUGUUACCAAAACUGAAUGCUGCUUCACAGACUUUUGCAACAACAUAACACUCCACCUUCCAACAGCAUCUCCAAAUGCCCCCAAACUCGGACCCAUGGAACUGACUGUUGUGAUUACUGUGCCAGUUUGCCUCUUGUCCUUAGCUGCAAUGCUAACCAUUUGGGCAUGCCAAGGUCGACAUUGCACACACAGAAAGAAAAAGAGGCAGAAUGUGGAGGAACCACUUUCUGAGUGCAAUCUGGUAAAUGCUGGAAAAACCCUUAAAGAUCUGAUUUAUGAUGUGACUGCCUCUGGAUCUGGCUCUGGUCUACCUCUAUUGGUUCAAAGAACAAUUGCCAGGACGAUUGUACUUCAAGAAAUAGUAGGUAAAGGUAGAUUUGGUGAGGUGUGGCAUGGAAGAUGGUGCGGGGAAGAUGUGGCUGUGAAAAUAUUCUCCUCCAGGGAUGAAAGAUCUUGGUUUCGCGAGGCAGAAAUUUAUCAGACGGUUAUGUUGCGACAUGAAAACAUCCUUGGUUUCAUCGCUGCUGACAACAAAGAUAAUGGAACUUGGACUCAACUUUGGCUUGUAUCUGAAUACCAUGAACAGGGCUCCUUAUAUGACUAUUUGAAUAGAAACAUAGUGACAGUGGCUGGAAUGACCAAACUGGCACUUUCAAUAGCUAGUGGUCUGGCUCACCUUCAUAUGGAGAUUGUUGGUACACAAGGUAAACCUGCUAUUGCUCAUCGAGAUAUAAAAUCAAAGAAUAUCUUAGUGAAAAAAUGUGAAACUUGUGCCAUAGCAGACUUAGGGUUGGCUGUGAAGCAUGAUUCAAUACUGAACACUAUUGACAUACCUCAGAAUCCUAAAGUGGGAACUAAGAGGUAUAUGGCUCCUGAAAUGCUUGAUGAUACAAUGAAUGUGAAUAUCUUUGAGUCCUUCAAACGUGCUGAUAUCUAUUCUGUUGGUCUGGUUUACUGGGAAAUAGCCCGAAGGUGUUCAGUUGGAGGAAUUGUUGAGGACUACCAGUUGCCUUAUUAUGACAUGGUGCCUUCAGAUCCCUCAAUGGAAGAAAUGAGGAAGGUUGUUUGUGACCAGAAGUUUCGACCAAAUAUUCCAAACCAGUGGCAAAGCUGUGAAGCACUCCGAGUCAUGGGGAGAAUAAUGCGGGAAUGUUGGUAUGCAAACGGGGCAGCUCGGCUAACCGCCCUUCGCAUUAAGAAGACGAUUUCUCAGCUUUGUGUCAAGGAAGACUGCAAAGCCUGAUUGUGAUAGUGUUACACAGAAGUCUCUCGCAGCUUUCCUUCUCAUUUCCCUCUUUAUGUGAAUUUUUUUGCCUUUGUUGUUGUUGUUGUUGUUCUACCUCAAAGAUAAUAUAGUACAGUAUUUAAGUGCCCGAAGGCAGCAUGAGAAGAUAACUCUAAAGUUAAGCAUGGGCAGGAGUUGAAUCGAUCCAAUCUCCAUGUUGUCUUUUAUUUUAAAAAAGCAACACAUCAGCUCAUCUUUUUCUUUAAUAAGAAAGAAAGAUAUUAGAAAAAAUGGUAAAGUAAGCUACAUAAAAAGUAUCAAAAGUCAUUAAGGUUUUCAUUUCAUUUGAACCAAGAGCACACGAAUGAAUAGAAAAACACGUCAAAAACAUUUUGUUUCUAAGAUGAAAACAUAUCCAUAAAAGUGUGAGAGUAUGUUAUAUCUAAACAGAAGUUUAGAACAUGCAAUCUAUACUUUUCCCUAUUUUAAAAUUAAGCAGGAUCUUUAAAAAAAUUAAAUAUUGCUCUGAACUUUAAUAUAUAAAAUUGAGAUCAGAGUCUCACUUGUUUGGUCUCCCUUACCCCUGUUCCCCAACUCCUCAGAAUCUAUCGCAACAACCCCUGAGGCAAAUAGUUUGAAAACCAUUCAACUUGUGGCUUACUCUCAUUUACAAAUGACAUGUGGCAUCUUAAGACAUUGAGAAAUGUCUCAAAGUCAUCCAGCAAGUAGCAAAGCUGGCAAUUAGUCUAAAUCUAAUAGGCAACAAUAUAGAGUUCCCGGUUUCCCUUUAAUUCCCAUAGCACUUUUCUCCCGAGACAGAAACAGCCUCUUUCAUUAUGAUAUUUGUAGUUUAGUCACACAGAAGGCAAAUUGAGUUAUUUUGCAGAAUCAUAAUGGACCUGUAUGAAAUCUUGGAACAAUAUCUAUAGUCAUUUUCCUCAUAGGAAUAUAAUAACCACUACAUUUGUUAGAUGAAUAUAGUAGACACUGAACUUGUAGAUGAAUAUUUAAUGUUCUCUGAAUACUUCCAGAGAUUAAUCAUGCGUAAAGAUCCAUUGUCAGGUAUCUUUAAGAUGCAAUUCGGAGGUCCUUACUACUUUUGUGCAUACACAUUUAGAAAGAAAAGAACAGAAAAGGAAGAGGAAACUAGGAAAUAUUUUCAGAAAAGUGAAGAAAACUCUUAAAUGAAGUGUAACAACCAAAUCCUAUAGAGGGUAGCCUCAACUGUAAAUAGAUAUUUCCCUACCCUUUCAAAACGAGUGUGUGGGUGCAAAAAGCUCCUAAUAGUUUUGCCUUCAUUCUACUCCCUGUGGAGACACAAGUGAUGAACUCUGAAUAAUGCAUGGGAUAGUAAAUGUUUUAUUCAAAUCUGUAAUGCCGUUUUGGUGAGGAAGAUUUAACAUCAUGUCAUUUAUUAUUCUAGACAUUGUUUUCAAAACACUUUCCCUUAGAACACUCUUCUGAAAUGAUCUAUGAUCUAAAGUGCUUUUUGAAGACCUUUUAGAAAAUGAUACUGCACAUUAGAAUAUCAUGUACUUGGAGGGAUCUAGCAAUAAAGAUGUGUUGUUCUGAAUUUCUUUAAACUGCAUCUCUCAAAUUAUUUGAUGAUGGAACUCUUUUAUUAAAGGUAGGGUAGAAACUUUUACUAUCCCACAAUUUAAUGUUCUACAAAGCACAGCCUGGAAAAGAGUGUUCUGAAGGAUGUACCUAUGUAUUUUCACAGAGAACAUAAUUUAGAAAUAUACUUCAUUUAUGUUACUGAUCCCAUCUUCACGUGACUGGGUUGAGAUAAGGAAGGCAAAAAAUCCAAGAGCUGUGGGGUUUGCAUGUACUUUCCCUCUCAUUGAUGCUUUCAUCCAUUCUUUGAAUAAUCAUGGAGCACCCCAUAUCUUGCUUGCUUCAAUGCUGGGUCAACUGGGAAAUACCAAGAUUCUUCCUCAGGGAGUUUAAACAUUAAUGGGAAAAGGGAUGUGAGUGGGGUGGCGGAAGAAAGUAACUUGACAAAAAAUAUAAUACAGAGGAUGUCUUGAGUCCUAUAUGACAGUGGUUUUCUAGAAUAGAUCUAAAAGUCACUGUUAAUUCACAACAUGUUUAGAAAGUAUCCAUUUGUAUGUCACAAAUGACCUAAAUUAUAUCAUCAGUUUUAAAAAGUGCUUAUGCGAAGGUGUAAUCUUGCUUGUGCUUGUAAUCUUGAUUUCUCCUAUAUUAUUUCUUCAUAUAUGAGAAUAUUGCUAUCAUUGUACUUGAGUCUUAAGUAAAUAAGCAUAAUAUUUCCUGUUUUAUUCACUUAUAAUGGGUGAAUGUACUUAUUUAAUUAUUUAAGAGAGGAUGUUUUAACUUUCCCAUGUUCCUUGUCAUUAUGCUUUGUAAUUUAUUUAAGGGUGUCCAAAUAUAAGUCCAUAUUUGUAUUGGUUCAGUUUUCACUCAAGAGAAAUCUGCACAUUUUUACAUUUGGAGAUAUUUUUAUUGUUUUUGUGUUAGUUAACUGUAACUCCUAACUAAAGAGCUUAAAUUAUCAAUUACAAAGUACAUUUUUGAAGAAAGAGGAUAGAUUAGGAAAAAUGAUAAGGAAAAGGUUAAAAGUUAUAAUUUUUUAAUUUAACUCUCAACAUGGAUAUAAAUGGAAUUACUCAUAAAAAAUAGGAUCAAGUUUAGAGCAUAAGGCAGAUUUACUGUAUAUUCCUAUGAUGUUAAAUUUUAUGUCAUUUGUUUUUAAUAGAAUCCCACUGUGUAAUAUUUAUUUCUUUUAAAUUCUGUCAUAAGCAAGGAAUAUUUUUUAUUAGGCUCAAAGUAUUGGUGUUCUUUGCUCCUUUCAGAUAUUUUGGAUUGGGGUACAAUACAAAGAUUGGGAAAAUACUAUUUGUGAAAGUUCAGUACUGUAUUGAAAAUGGAGAUGGUAUUUAUAUGCAGCAUUACUUUCUUAAAAUAAGGGAAACAUUAUUUGUUGUCAAUAAUUCAGCAUGAACUUGUUUUCAUAUAACCUAUGCAUUUAAGUUUGUAAUUGGUAUAGAUUCUGUUGUAUGCUUUUUUCUGUCUAAAAUAUUUGGCAUGUCACUUCUAGAAUUCUUAAUUUAUGUUCUGACUUGAAAGUUAAGUGAAACAUAACUGUGUCGUGCACUGCUAUUUUAGGCAUAGCACUUGCUUUUCAUCUUUAUACUUUCAAUUAAAUUUGCAUUUUAAAAUUUCACGAUCGUACAAAAAUAGUAACCUGGUUGCAGUGUAUGAAAAAUUCAAAAUCGGCUUUUAUUUAAAAAUGAAAAUCUGCAAUAGGUUCAUUGGGCUAGAAGUUUCAUAAUAAUUUAUUAUUUUAAAUACUUCUACUACUGUAGAAUUAUCAAACAAAACAAAACAGUUUCUACUAUGCUGGAAUUUUGCCACCAUGUGACGUAUUGGGGCAGAGAAAAACUCAGGGCUGCUUUAGAGUCUACGCAAAGUACCAGGGGAGCCUUUAUGGCAAAUCAUCUGAAAGUCUGCCACUGUACAAAGUUCUAGUGAACAACUUAAAAGUGCUUGGCAGGGAAUAGUUUUUGAUUGAUUAUUUCAAAUGAAUAUGAACAUUUUUAAAAUUUAAAUAAAUUUAUUUUAAACAUGUAAAUUUUAUUUCCCAUCAGGAAAGUACCAGUGGCAAGUGAAUAAAAGUUGGCAGUUGAUGUCUUCAAUCAUCAGCCGUUUGAUAAAGUCAUAAAUACAACAUUAUAAGUUACUUGGAAAUGUUUAGGUAACUAUCUUAAAAUGGUAUUGUGGUUUCCUAAGAUAUUCUGAGCAUCUUUUCUUUUGUGAAAAAUGCUCCUCCUGUGUUUCACAACCCUUUGUUCCAGCUCCCUGUUUGUCCCUGAGACCUACCCGGCCUUUAUCUGCUGUUCUACUGAAGGCAGCAAUUCCUUUGAUCCUGAGGGCUUCUUCUAAACAGAAAACUCAGUUGGAAUACAAAAUUUUCAUAGAAAGUUUUAAAUUAAGUUGUAUUUCUAUGAUUUAGGCAUUUUUUUUCACAGCAUUUUGAUGCAAAUUUUCAGACAUUUGACCCUCAUUUUCCCUUUCAGCUUUUUUACAUUUCAUUAUAUUUCUUACCUCCUUUAAAAAAAAAAAAAAAAACCCUUGUUCUCUUCCAAAAUUAUCUUUAGUCCCUAAUUCAAAGAAUUCUAAUUAUUAUUUUACUUAAUCAUUCUAGAAUUUAGCCUUCUAAUGAAAGGAAAUCCCUUUGUGGCAUGGACUACUUUAGAUGUGUCACAGCCCAAAAUGAAAACCAAAAUUUGGGGAACUGCAAAGGAUCUAUGAGAUUUUAUAACUCUUUGCCCAUAUUUUAUAGAUGAAGAAACCAAGGAUCAGAAUUCCAAUGACUGCUAGUUAUUAGCAAAAUUGGCAUGAUAACCCAGUGAUGACAGCCACCACCAUGCCCCAUCAUAUCUCAAAUUUUACUAAUUAAAAUUUUAAUUAGCAUGCAUCUAAACCUACCUUGAAUUUCCACCAACAUAAUGUGCCAGUCAAUGGUGAUCAAAUCCCUCUGCUCUUUGUAUUUCUACUAAGAUAACUUGCUCACUCAUGGUGAGUAAAACCAAAAUAAGUCAAAGAAGUGGUGUAAAAUGGUGGAUGAGUUAGGUAGGCAGCCCCUGGGGAGCUCUCCAUAGAACUUUCUCCCCUUUCUGUGAGGAUUGUUCUUUCUCUUUAUGCAUCGGCUUCGGGAUGAAAAUUGGUUUUGUUAGUUGAAUUUGGGAUCAUGUGUAGCAGCAGAUUAUCUUACUUCUCUCUUUUACCUUUCUUAGUCUCAGUUUAUAUUUGGCAUCCAUUUUCUUUUAGCUCAUUAAAAUGAUCUUUCGCAGGAUCUCAUCAGCCCCAAAUCCCUCUGUAAUUCCUGUCCUCUUCUUUCAGUUCUGUUCCAGCCUCUGUCCACUUUUCUGCACACUGAACUUUUUAACAAGAUUCAAAUUUCCCAUACCCGUGUACGAGAGAUUUCACCUCAUGGCCUCUCCAAUAGUUUUUUUUGAAGACAUAAAGAAGGUACAUGUUAAGGGCAGAGACAACUUUCUUUAAAACUUUAAAAAGACUAGCAGUCUAGUUUCAGUCUAGUAUUUAGCUAACAUGUAAAGAAUUCUUACUUUUGCUUUAAUGUUCAAUUCCACUCAAGAAGCAGUGAUUUGGACAGAGAAUGUGAAAUAUUAUGUCCUAUAAUGUGAUUUCUGAGUGUAUUUAUGCUGUUUCAUACCAUUGCUUUGUUUCGCUUUUGUCGGUUUUUUUUGAACUAAGCUAUUAUGCUGUAUAGUUUGGAAUAUGACCUUAUAUUGAAAUUAGGUAAUAAUGACCAUUUUAAAAUCCCUUUAUCAAGAAAUACCAGGAUACUUGUCCAUAGCAGUUGUAGAUGAAUACAACAUUUGGGAGAAUAUAAGUCCUAUCUCACCCUAGAUUUUAAUAUUUUCAGAUGUGAUAUAUAUUUUCUGAUCAUUGUCCAUUUUGUCUAAUCAGAAGUUUCUCUCUCCAUAUCUAACCAUAUUAACUGUAAGAGUUUUACUCUGGCUUACAUGAACUUGAAUGUUAACGUUGACACUAGGAAUCUGAAUUUAUUGGAAAAUUAGCCUUAUACUCUUUGUCACCAGAUCAGCUGGGCAGAUUGUGCUCUGCACAAACCCUCCCAGUGCACGGGCAGGUGGGAGCUGAAAUCCAGCUUGCAGUUGGCUCCUCAACCCAGAAAUAUUUUUAUGGUUUGCAAAAAAGCACCUUAUGUGCUAGCAAUGACCCUGUUUAUACAUCUUCAGAAAAUGAAAAUUAAAAAAUCAAAAGGGUUCUUGAUGUCCACAAAUUUAGGAGAAAAAAUUCUUUGGAUUUUCAUCUUAGCUUGCCCAAGAGAGCAAAACAGUAUAUGUUUAUCCUGUUGAUUUAAUUUUUCAUCCCAGGUAAUCUGCUGCAAGGCACAGGGACCCUGAUUUUGGUAUCUUUAUUGAAUUUUCAUUCCAUGCACAAACCUAUACUCAUUGCUUUUGCCUAUUAAGAGGGAAUUAUGUGCCUAAAUUCUGUCAAACUAAUGCAAACUAGAGUGAGAUUUACUAAUAUAUCUAUUUUCUCUAGUGGACUAAAUGCUAAAAUUAAGUACUUAAAAAAAAAAAUCCAGCUCUUUUUCCCUUUAUAUAAAGUGAGGGUAUUUGACCCAAAAUAUUACAGUUUAGUUCACUUCCAGAGUGAUUGGUGUCAAGCUCUUUUACUCUUCUGAUCCUAGACUGGAGAAGACUAUUCAAAUUUAAUUUGUGUUUCAGGUUUUAAAAUGCCCUAAAAACAGAAAAUUAGAUUCAAAUCUGAAAAAAGAAUUUCGGAUUGACUUUCAAAGUACUAAUACUAAUUGUACUUUUGGUAGCGUGACUUUUCUUAUACCUAAGAACAUAUUACAAAUGUCAAAACCGUUGCAUUUUGACUUUGCAAAAUAUGCCUUGAACUCUUGAACUACUGUGAAAAGAAUCACUAUUGUAAAGAGUUUUUUGUAAACUAGCUGAUAUUCUUAAGUAUGUAAAAAAGAUUCUGCCUUUUAAUAGUUAGGCCCAAAUGAAUGUAUACAAGGAAUACGAAAAAAUAAAUUAGGUUUUAAAAUGAGAAUUGGACAAUAAAUUGUAUCAAAAAAUAUGUCGACAGGACUUUUAGUAGUUGCAAUUUAAUUGCUUAAGGUGAAGAGAAACACAAAUUCCAAAGAAAUGAAUAAUAUUCAGAUGCUUUGUUAAUUUCUAGUCUGUGAAAUGUAUGCAGUUUUUAUAGUGAUAUAUGUACUUAUUUUAUUUAAAAAUAAUAGUAUUUUAGAAUUUAGUAAAACUCAGUGAUAAUGCCUUCAUACCAAAUGUUUAUCUUUACCAACAGCAAGUCAUGAAAGUAUUUAUUUUAAAGCUUUUUAAUAUUAUAGGUUAACUUUCAGCUGCCUCCAGAUGUAAAUACUUAUCUGCCUAAAUGUUAUAUUUUUAUGUAUGCAUUUAAAAAAAUGUAUUGUUUUGUAAAAUGGCAAAAAUAAUAAAUCAAGCACCCCUUGCAAUUGUUUUUGUGAAGCAUAUAGAACUCUAUUUUAAAUAAAAAGAAA